AUGUCAGCAAUACUUCUGUUUGUACGACCCGCGCUCAUACUGUUGGCUAGACAACGUUAUUUUUAACUGUGCGUGCUAACGGGUCUAUUUAAACACACCGUACUUUUAGAACUCUAAUAGAAAGAAAAUAAAUAUUUUUGAAUAAACUUUUAUUUUGAAACAUAGACACAAGCAGGAAGUGUAGAAACUCCUAAACGCAGCGUCUAGUUGCUAGGAGACGAAGCGGGUCGGUAGUCGCCGAGGCCGGAAAGAGCCCUGAGAUUCCGAACUAUCGAUUGGCGGCCGUCACAGCAGAGAUGAAGAGCUGCAGAUUGGAGAAGCCCCAGACUCACAAAGCCAAAGUGCUUCUAUGGGCUGACCUCACCUUCAGUGACAUGGACCUUGUUGAAGAUGCCAGGACAAUCGAGCAGCUCCAAGCGGUUUUGGCCAAGCUGUUUCAUCUGCAGCCCUCCAAUCCCCGAGAUGGCAUCCUACUGGACUUGUAUGUAUACAACGUGCUGUUCUGCCGGGACCACCACUUUAACAAAGAGCAGACGUCAGCUUUUUUCUCCAUUGUUAAGCUUGUGCACGAAGCUUGCAUGGAAACACCCCUCGGGAACGUGUCACAGUGUUUUGAGCUCCUCCGAGAACUGGUCCUCUGUCACUCCGUGCGGCGCCCCCCUUUCAGCGUGGACUUGUUUGAUAUGCACCAAGUGAGGCUGGUAUCUGAAUACGUGGUCAACACUUACUUCCGUCACUUCAAACUCUACAAAUACGCCUUCACUGCUCAGGUGCGUCUGGACCUGACAUUGACCUACACUGGACUGCAAGAGGAGCCAUUGCCAAGGGAUGACAGUACCACGGAGCUGCCAACUGAAGAGACGGGAAAAGCUGAGGACCACCAAGGGGAGGUGACCCCAUCAGAGACUGAAAAGCAGCAAGGUGCGGAUGCCACCGGACAAGCAGCAGCUUCAACUCCCCUACAAAGUUCUGCCACAGAUGAACAUCCAGCCACAUCACCCAAAGCGGAGCUCCAACAAUUCAUCCAAUCACAGCUUGAUGUCGAGGUGGCAAAGUUACGACAAAACAUGGAAGAGAAGCUCAAGCUAAAUGCCGAGAUGCUGAAUUCCAAGCUGGCUCAGUUGGAGGACAAUGGGAAGCAGAAGGAGAAAAACCAGAAAGCAGCACGCAAGAAAUAGAAGCAAGUGCGCCCAGCUGCAAGCAAUGCAGGGAGGACCUUUUUCACAAAACUGAUCCUUACUUCCCCGACUAAACCAUCUUCUUUCUUCUUGCCUUGAGGGUUCUUACUGUUUGGGUCAACUGACACUUUGCCUUUUUGACCAGAAGAUCUAAAAAUAACAGCACCUGACCACCUUGUAUAUAUCAAUGUGACAGGCUCUGCAUUCGGCUGUACUUCUGGAAAAGGACCCCCCCCCAAUCAUCACCACCUGGUUAUGUCGUCGUCCUCUGUGGGUUCAUAACAAGAGUAACCUAGUUAGUUAGCCAUGAAAUCUGCUCAAUACUGUUGGGUUUUAUUGGCUGGACCUGAGUAGGUCCCAGGAUUUUAUUGCAGAUAUGACUGGAAUGGAUUCAUUUCAUGCACUGUUUGUGACCAAAAUAAAAAAUACACAAAGUUACAUUCA